UCUGCACUUUAUUGGCUUGGGAAAAAUAAAUAAAAGUAACAGCUGGCGUUCAACGUCCUCCAUUCAGUAUUUUAAGAACUUUAGAUGGUGUCCCUAGUGGAACCGUGACACUCACUUUGAGGGACAGGUUGUUAGUGCCACACCAUUCAGCCAGCUGUGCCACUUCCUCCAGGAAGUUGAGGCUGAAGGGAUGGUUGUGAUGCCGCCAGCUGUAGCUGUGCAUGGGGACGCCACCUGCAGGACAGGAGGGGAAUCACAUCAAUCAAUAACGGGAAUCAGCAGAUCAUUAAUAAUGUAGGUGAUUAUAUAUACUCGCUAGUGCUGAUUUUUACUUGCAUUUGACACUUGCCGAGUGUUACCCUCAUUCAUGUGUUUUGACCCGGAAUAGUUACGUUAAAAAACACUAUUAUGGGUUAUUAAAAAGGUUCAUAUUUUGGUUUUGGGAGUCCCCAACAACAGGCUGACAUGCAUGCACGGUCAAAAAACACUUUCAUUGUCUUAAAAUAUGCAUUUAUUUUUACCUUACAUGCUCAACGACUCCCAAAUGAUUCGCUCAAUGAUUCAUUUUUCCAAACCCCUCCUUUGCCUGACGCUAAUCUGCGGUGAUUGGUCGAUUUAAUUUCUAUUUCAUAAAGCAGUGUUUGUAAGCGCAGUGCUGCUUUGUGUACAGCGUUACCGGGGAAACCAAUAUUUUUACUAGGGAUGCACGAUAUUAUCUGACCGAUAUCGAAACCUACCGAUAAUGGCUUUAAAUGUACAUGUUGGCCUGAUAUGAAAAAUUAAGCUGAUAUGUCUUGCCGAUAAGAGGAAUACGUUAACUCACAUGUGCUCAGGGUGUGCUAGCGAUUAGAUCACGUCAGCAGUGUGGCUCAUUCUUGAAGCAAAGUUUUGCCUGAAUGGUGAUUAGAUUCACUGUUUUGGAUCGCUGCAUUUAAUCUGAGAAUGCAGUACAGAAUGACGUAUUUGGUGUAUGAUAGAGUAAACGGUAAUAGUACGUGCAGCGGCAGCCUCCCCCGGGUCCUAAGGCCCAUCUGGUAAGGAGUUUUAAUUCCGUAGUAAUUCCGACACACUGCAGAGUCGAUUAGUACACUUGUGGAGGAGUCAAUGGAAGAAUGGGGGAUCCCUAGAGAGAAGGUCCUCACAACGAUUACUGACAAUGGCAGCAAUAUGGUGGCUUCGUUCCACAAACAUGCAGAAGUUGCCACAACUUCUGAAGAGGACUGAGAGCACUACGAUGCCAAUGAUGACUAUGAGCAUCAGGAAGGGGAGGAUGACAGAUAAGAAUAAAUAGCCAUAGAGAGGACCCCAUGCGUGGUUCACACCGUACAGCUUGUAGUGAAUAUGGUCCAUAAGAAACCCCCAAUCCGAAGACUAUUGGAGAAAGUGAGACACUUGGUGAACAAAUUUAGGAAGUCAUCUGUCACCACAGAGCGGCUGCUGCAGAAGUGUGCUCUGGUUCUGGUAAAAGACUGUCCCACCAGGUGGUCAAGUUGCUUUGCUAUGAUUUCGCGCUGUCUUGAAGUCAAGGAGCACCUCACAGUUGUGGCUGAGUCCAUGGGCUGGGACAGCCUGCAGCCCAGUGAGUGGCAGAAGAUCGGGAUGCUGAGAGACCUUCUUCUGCCAUUUGCGGAGCACACUAAGUUGCUUGAAAGUGACACUCAAUCACUUUCCCUUGUUGUGCCAGCACUCCUGGAUCUCAAAAACCACCUGUUGGAGUUCUCGCUUGCACAUGGGCGAACAUACAAAGAUGCAGCUACUCUGGCUCAGAAGAUGCUGUCCAGCAUGGAAAGGCGCUUUAGUGUGUUUCUUGACAUAACGGCUGACAACUUCUCACCACUUCCUGCAGCAGCAUGCUUUGUGGACCCUUGUGUAGCUGAAACCCUUCUGGAAAAUAAUGACAACGAAGUACAGAAUCUUGUCAGAAAGGCAGAGGACUACAUUGCUCAUCUUGUGCCACAAAGAGUGCAAGUACGAGAAGAGCAGUUGACUGAUGAUGAGCAAGUCGCAAAUGAGGGUACAGAGGCUCCAGAGUCAACCCCCGCAAAACGGCGUAGAUUUAAGUUCUUCAGUGCUAAUUGUCCAUUGAGGCCCAAGACAGCCAAGACAACAAACAUUAGGCAGGAGAUUUUAAAAUAUAAAGAGGGGCUGUCCGAGUCCCACCAGACUGCUGCUACUAGUGCUGAGGUUGAGGAAUCCGGCAUUGAGUAUUGGUUAACUCAGUGUUGUUCCACUGCGUUUCCAACACUGAAACCUCUGGCCUUGGACCUCCUGGCGAUGCCAGCCUCUCAGGCAUUUACAGAGAGGGUCUUCAGUGUAACUGGUUACCUCUCUUGUGGCCGCAGGAACAGGGCUAGGACCAUUUUGGAAAGAAGCGCUUUCCUCAAGCCUAAGUAGUAGUUAAUGGCUGGCCUGAACAGACAUGCAAGAAGCAUGCAUGUACUGUACAAAAAAAACACACACACACACACACACACAUACACACACACACAGAGCAUUUUAAUAAGCAACCUUUCCCAUAUCCAUGCAAAAAAAAAAAAAAAACUCUGCUGCUCUUAAAUUGUUGAUUGUGAUUUGGUUGUGAAUACUUUAUUUUGUUUUAUUCCUGAACAAAUAUAUUCAGGUAAGUUCAAGCCAACACACAGUGUUAACAGCUGAAAGCUGAAGGUGUAGACUUUUAACAGUUUGACAAAUGUGUGUUUUAUGGCUAUCAAUCAGAGAUAUACUAUCUGUGCCGGGCACCAGAGAAAAGAAAAUCUGAUGUCAAAAAUAUACCCAAAGUGUAAUGUGUACUGGACAGUUUUUUUUUUUUUGUUUGUUGUUUGUGACAACCAGUCUUAAAAUAACACAUCCAGGAGGUUACAGUUUAUGUAUUUGCUGUUGAGACUGCUGGUUAUUUAGUUCAGUAGCUCAUUGUUUGUUCUUUUCUGUCAACGAAUUCCACUGUAUGCAGCCAGUGCUUCACAUCCCAUUAUAUCUCUCUAAGGUCCAAACCAUUUGUAGUGUUAUAUCUUUUAAUAGUUUUUAUGAUGCAAAAUCUGACUUCAGUUUACAAGCAAUACAAGUAACAGUCACACACAUUUUAUUUUGCACUUUUUAAUAUGUUAUUGCAGCUCAAGCAUUCAAGCACCUUGUUUCUCUUUGUUAAACUUGAAUGUAUAAUUUUUUUUUUGGCAUUGUCAUGUGAUGAUAUUUUAUUUAUAUUAUUUUAUUUAUUGUUUUUAUUUAUUUUAUUUAAAUUUAUGUGUGUGUACUUCUAAUAUGUUUGGUUGGUAAAAUAAAUGUUGUAAAUUCAAA